GCGGCGCCGGCACCGCCUCAACGCCUCAACUGCUGCUAUGCGGGCAGCCGGGCUCCAGGACAGCGGAGCCAUGUUCCUCCUUGUGGUCCUUCUCACCCGACUCGGCGGGCUGCACGCAGGCCCUGAUCCUCAUAAAACAUUUCUGCAGACCACAGUUCCUGAGAAGCUUUCAUCAUCUGAUUCAAAAAGUGAUCCAGAAAAUAAUGUUGCUUAUAUUAUUACAAUUGAAGGAAAACCAUAUUUUGUCCAUCUCAAAAAGCAAUCAUUUUUAUCUUCAGCUUCUGUUGUUUAUUCUUAUGAUAAAGAUGAUAGCCAACGUUCUAAGCCUUUGCUGGUUCAGAUGGAUUGCAGUUAUCAUGGAUAUGUUGCAGGUUUUCCAAAUUCUCGUGUGUCACUCAACACCUGUUCAGGACUCAGGGGGACUUUGCAGUUUAAAAACAUCUCAUAUGGAAUUGAACCCAUGGAGGCUCUAUCAGGAUUCGUGCACAUGAUUUAUAAGGAAAAAAAUGAUAACACUAAUAUUCCCCUCUUAGGAAACAAUGGCACUUACAGCCGUAAUUCACUGUAUGAAGUCAGAAAAAGUUCAGAAAGAACUAAAUUGUUCAAGUCAUUCCCUCGAUAUCUUGAAACGUAUAUUGUUGUGGAUAAAAAUCUGUUUGAUUACAUGGGCUCUGAUAUAAAGGCUGUAACACAGAAGAUUAUUCAGAUAAUUGGCUUUGUUAACACUAUGCUUACCCAGUUAAAAAUGACUGUUAUAAUAUCUUCCAUAGAAAUCUGGUCAAAUAAAAACAAAAUUUCUACUAUAGGGUCUCCUAAUCAUAUAUUAUCUAGAUUUUUAGAGUGGAAAUCCAAACAUCUCCUCCGACCUCAUCAUAUUGCAUACUUUUUUGCCUUCAAGAAAAGAACUAGUUUUAUAGGAGCCACAUUUCCUGGAAAGAUAUGUAAUAAGAAAUAUGCUGCAGGAGUUGCUCUGGUUGCUUAUAUUAUUACAAUUGAAGGAAAACCAUAUUUUGUCCAUCUCAAAAAGCAAUCAUUUUUAUCUUCAGCUUCUGUUGUUUAUUCUUAUGACAAAGAUGAUAGCCAACGUUCUAAGCCUUUGUUAGUUCAGAUGGAUUGCAAUUAUCAUGGAUAUGUUGCAGGUUUUCCAAAUUCUCGUGUGUCACUCAACACUUGUUCAGGACUCAGGGGGACAUUGCAGUUUAAAAACAUCUCAUAUGGAAUCGAACCCAUGGAGGCUUUAUCUGGAUUUGUGCACAUGAUUUAUAAGGAAAAAAAUGAUAACACUAAUAUUCCCCUCUUAGGAGACAAUAACACUUACAGCCAUAAUUCACUGUAUGAAGUCAGAAAAAGUUCAGAAAGAACUAAAUUGUUCAAGUCAUUCCAUCGAAAUCUUGAAACGUACAUUGUUGUGGAUAAAAAUCUGUUUGAUUACAUGGGCUCUGAUAUAAAGGCUGUAACACAGAAGAUUAUUCAGAUAAUUGGUUUUGUUAACACUAUGCUUACCCAGUUAAAAAUGACUGUUGUAAUAUCUUCCAUAGAAAUCUGGUCAAAUAAAAACAAAAUUUCUACUACAGGGUCUCCUAAUCAUAUAUUAUCUAGAUUUUUAGAGUGGAAAUCCAAACAUCUCUUCCGACCUCAUCAUAUUGCAUACUUUUUUGCCUUCAAGAAAAGUCCUAGUUUUAUAGGAGCCACAUUUCCUGGAAAGAUAUGUAAUAAGAAAUAUGCCGCAGGAGUUGCUCUGUAUCCAGAGGGUUUAUCCUUGGAGUCAUAUACUAUCAGUAUCGUGCAGUUGCUUGGCUUUAAUCUGGGAUUGAGUUAUGAAGAUACUGACACCUGCCUUUGUUCAGGAGAUAUCUGCACAAUGUCACCAGAUGCAGUGUACUCUGAGGGUGUAAAGGAUUUUAGCACCUGUAGUUUGGAUGACUUUAAAUAUUUUGCUUCAAAUUCUGGCCUUGACUGUCUUCAGAACAUCGUUCCAGAGGUGCCAGUUUACAGACAGAGGAGUGUAUGUGGCAAUGGAGUGUUGGAACAAGGUGAACAGUGUGACUGUGGCACUCCAGUGAAUUGUACUCAUAAAAGCUGUUGUGAUCCUAGAACAUGUACAAAGAAAAAGGGUAAAGACUGUGGUUCUGGGGAAUGCUGCACAAAAAAUUGCAAGAUAAGACCAAUUGGUAUACUUUGUAGGAAAUCACUUGAUGAGUGUGAUUUCACUGAAUAUUGCAAUGGGGUUACCGGACACUGUGUGCCUGACACUUUUGCACGUGAUGGACAGUCUUGUGAUUCGGGUCAAGCCUUCUGUUAUGAAGGAAGAUGUCGGCUGCAUACCAAACAGUGUAGAAAUUUAAUUGGAGGAGCUUCUAGAGGUGCUCCAUUUUCUUGUUAUGAUGAAGUAAAUUCAAGAGGAGAUAGAUAUGGAAACUGUGGCCCAUCUUAUUGUGAUUUUCCUAAUCUUCUAUGUGGAAAAUUAGUUUGUGCCUGGCCACACAGAGAAUUAAUAACACGUGCAAAUUUAUCUGUGAUUUACACACAUGUACGAGAUGAAAUAUGUGUGUCUACAUUUCUAAACAAAGACAAGUAUCCUAGAAAUUCACUGACAACAGUUGAAAGACCUGAAGACAGAGAUGAAACAUUUGUACAAGAUGGCACUGUGUGUGGUCCUGAUAUGUUUUGUUACCACUAUGCCUGUGUAGAGGUUCGACAUCGGAUCGAUUUUAGGGCGUGCGAUUCUUCUAGACAUUGCAAUAACAAUGGAAUUUGCAACAAUUUUAACCACUGCCAUUGUAAAGACGGGUUUGUUCCUCCUAACUGCCAGCCAAAGAAAGGAGAAUUUGGAAGUAUCGAUGAUGGACACGAGAUUAAAACUGCUAAAAGUUACUUGGAGGAAACAUCUCCCACUCUUCCAAAACACCGAUUUCAACUCAUUUUCUACAUUUCUGUACCUGUGCUCAUCAUUACUGCUGCUCUUUUAGUAAAGUGGAAGAAAAUAAAAGAGCAAUGCUACAGAGGGGAAACUGAAACUGAGAGAUCUGUGUCAGAAGAAAGCAGCAGUAGCAGCAAGUCAUCCUCCAGUGAAAGUAACAGUCUCUGACAACCUUGGCCUGGAGAGAGGAUAGUACCAAAUAAAUCCAGAAACUGGCCUAUAUCAAGAAGGAAAACAAGUAAUUUCUCCCUUACCUCUAUUGUCACUCCUGAGGGUUUAAAUUAUGAAAUAAUAAAUCAUCUGCACCUGAAUCAUCUGAAUUAUGUCCAAUGUUCACUUUGUAUUUUCACUCCCAACUUCCACCCUAUC